AUGACAGGAAGGAAACGUACCCCGAAAGAAGAAUCGACUGCUAGGGCAAACCAAGAUGAUAAUGAAGAAGCGCUGCUUGAUGCUCCGAUCGAAAACAAUUUUAUUUUAAAUGGGAAGUUAUCUCUGUAUCCUCGAGGGAACAAGAAAAGAAAUGGGGAUGAAUACAUAUCAUUAUAUCUUCUGCUAUCCGAAUCUAACCGACUCACUUUCAAUCAAGAGAUUAAUGUAAAUUUCAAACUAUCUGUUUAUGAUUAUAUUCACGACAAGUACUUGAUUGCUCAAGAUGCUGAUGAGGAAGUAAGGCGGUUUCAUGGAAUUAAAAGAGAAUGGGGUUUUGACAAACUGGUUUCCGUCACUGAUUUCAAAGACAAUUUCAGUGGAUACUUAAUGGAUGACUGUUGCAUUUUUGGUGCUGAGAUUUUUGUCGUAGAAAAUGCCCAUAAAGAUCUUUCUACCAUUUUCCAACUUAAAUUUAGGAGCCUAGAUGUUCAUCCAAAGGGAGAUUCAAGAGCCAAAGGAAAAACCUUAUCCAUAUUUUUAAGACUAGAUGAUGAUGAGAAUGGAAGAAAGUUGUACGCGGAAUACAUGUUACGAGUAAGAAACCAAUUUGAGGGAAAACAUCGUGAAUUGGGAGGUAAAGAGGAGUUCAUAGGUAAGGGUGGAUGGGGUUAUUCAAAUUUUAUGUCGCUCGAUGAUCUGAAUGACAAAUCAAAGGGCUUUAUACAUUCUAAUACUUUGAUUGUCGAAGCAGAAAUUCAAGCUAUGACCGUGAUUAAAGAGUUGUCCUGA